AUGUCAACCAAACGUAAAGCCUCAGCUCUUGGAGCGACUGCCGAUGAUGAACCGGCUGAUCCCUCGGAUGAGUUGGCAUUCUACUGCCUGGGUGGAGGCAACGAGGUCGGGCGAUCUUGUCAUAUCAUUCAGUACAAGGGAAAGACGGUCAUGCUCGAUGCGGGAAUGCACCCAGCCAAGGAAGGCUUCUCAGCUCUCCCAUUCUUUGACGAGUUUGAUCUGAGUACCGUCGAUAUACUAUUGAUUAGCCAUUUCCAUGUCGACCAUUCCUCUGCACUCCCAUACGUUCUCAGCAAAACCAACUUCAAAGGUCGUGUUUUCAUGACACAUGCGACCAAAGCCAUCUACAAGUGGCUCAUCCAGGACAACGUCCGAGUUAGCAAUACCUCCUCCUCUUCAGAUCAGCGCACCACCCUAUACACCGAACGUGAUCAUCUCUCCACACUACCGCUAAUUGAAACAAUUGAUUUCAACACCACUCACACCAUCAAUAGUAUUCGGAUCACACCGUUCCCCGCCGGCCAUGUCUUGGGCGCUGCCAUGUUUUUGAUAUCAAUUGCUGGCUUGAAUAUCCUUUUCACCGGUGACUAUUCCCGCGAGGAAGACCGUCAUUUAAUCCCCGCGGCGGUUCCGAAAGGUAUCAAUAUCGACAUUCUAAUUACAGAGUCUACUUUCGGCAUUUCAUCUAAUCCGCCGCGAUUGGAACGUGAGGCAGCUUUGAUGAAGUCAAUCACUGGUAUUUUGAAUCGUGGAGGCCGCGUUUUGAUGCCGGUAUUUGCACUCGGUCGUGCCCAGGAGCUUCUUCUGAUUCUUGAAGAAUAUUGGGAGAAUCACCCCGAGUUACAAAAAGUACCCAUAUACUAUAUCGGUAAUAUGGCCCGGCGGUGCAUGGUUGUGUAUCAGACAUAUAUCGGUGCGAUGAAUGAUAACAUCAAGCGGCUUUUCCGUCAACGCAUGGCCGAGGCAGAGGCUAGUGGAGAUAAGAGUGUCACUGCAGGUCCGUGGGACUUCCGCUACGUCAGAAGUUUGAGAAGUUUGGAGCGGUUUGAUGAUGUCGGGGGCUGUGUCAUGAUCGCGUCUCCGGGUAUGCUGCAAACUGGAACUAGUCGAGAGCUGCUCGAACGAUGGGCACCCAGCGAACGCAACGGUGUUGUGAUGACUGGAUACAGUGUUGAAGGCACUAUGGCAAAACAACUCCUAAACGAGCCUGACCAGAUCCCUGCAGUUAUGUCAAAGGGUGCCAUAGUUCAGGGUCGGGGCCGAGUUCCUGGUGGCAAUGAUGAAGACCAGAAAGUCAUGAUCCCGCGUCGUUGUACCAUAGAUGAGAUCAGCUUUGCAGCUCACGUCGACGGCGUUGAGAACCGUAAUUUUAUCGAGGAGGUUGCCGCGCCAGUUGUGAUCCUUGUCCAUGGUGAAAAGCACCAGAUGAUGAGACUCAAGUCGAAGCUUUUGAGUCUCAACGCAGAUAAGACGGUCAAGGUGAAAGUGUACACACCCGCGAACUGCGAUGAAGUGCGCAUUCCGUUCAAAAAGGAUAAAAUUGCCAAGGUUGUCGGCAGAUUGGCACAGAUUGCACCACCUUCAGACCAAGACGAAAGUCAACUAAUGGCUGGAGUGCUUGUUCAGAAUGGUUUUGAUCUAUCACUUAUGGCUCCAGAUGAUCUCCGAGAGUACGCUGGAUUGACGACAACUACUAUCACUUGUAAACAACAUCUUACUCUUAGCUCCGCAAGCAUUGACUUAAUCAAAUGGGCGCUUGAAGGUACAUUUGGGGCAAUCGAGGAAUUGGACAACGCGAGGACAGAAAAGAAAGAGAAUGCCGACUUGGAACAUUUAAUUACGAAACAGGAGGCUGCCGACGAAGAGAUCCCAUUGGAGGAAGCACAGACAUUCUUAGUGAUGGGCUGCGUUAUCCUACGACAUCAUCCGCGAACGCGCGAGGUAGAACUCGAGUGGGAGGGUAAUAUGAUGAAUGACGGAGUUGCCGAUGCUGUCAUGGCCGUUCUUCUCACAGUUGAGAGCAGUCCAGCCUCAGUGAAACAAUCCGCUAAAAACAAGCACCACCACCACCAUCAUCAAGAUAACGGUAAUGAUGAUAUUGCUGCAUUUUCUAACCCUCACUCCCACCUUGAUGCUGAGGAUCGUCUUGCCCGUCUCCUGAUGAUGUUGGAGGCGCAAUUUGGCUCUAAUAUUGCCCCUAUAGAGCGUCCCCGUAUCCCUGCUGACCUUAUAGAUGGCAAUGCAGGAGACGAACAGCCCGAGAACGUAAAAGAAGAGCGUAUUGCUGAUAUCGAAUCAGCAGAACUCGAUCGUCUUCUUGCUUUGGGGAUACCGGUUCCGGGCAUUGAGAUCCAGGUUGAUAAACACGUUGCCCGAGUGUGGCUCGAGACCUUGGAGGUGGAAUGCGCUAGUCCCAUUUUGCGUGAUCGAGUCCGCAUUGUUGUUGAAAGGGCAGUAGAAACCGUUUCUGGCCUAUGGGCCACCAGUUCCAUGCCCAAAGAGAGCGUGUCUAAUGGUUUCGUCAACCCAAAAACGGAUGUGCCAGAAAAGGCAGUCGCCAUCCAGGCUCAGGGUUGA